AUGGCUUCCUGCGCCAUCCACGGAGGCUGCCCCAGCGACUACGCCGUCGUUGGCUUCGCCGCCGCCUCUUUCGUUCUGUAAGCCCUCCUUCCCCUCUCCCCUCCAAGUAGCCACAGCUCCACUCUCAUCCUCCCUCCCUCCCUCCCUCCCUCUUCUCUCUCUCUCUCUCUGUGAUCUCAAAUGGACCACCGUCCCUUCGGGUUAGAAGAGCUCGCGAUUCCGUUUUUUUCUGUACCGGUUAUGUGCUUUUCUUACCAUGUCUUGUGGAUCCUUAUCAUUGAUUUUUGUGCUUGGUGCUGGAUUUUGGGUAAUUUUGGUUUCGGAGCUUCCCAUGCUCUUUCACUUCGUCUUGGUGGUUUCAGAUUUUAUGCCUGCAAUAAAGGGGCACUGACUUUGCUUUUUUCUUCUUUUUUUUAAUUGUCAGUUGUUUCAGUUCUUUUGCUACACAGGCUGACGAGUUGUUGGAUAUCAAGCUGUUCUUUUUCCAUGCUGCUUUUCUCUCUUGUCUUGAUAGUAAUUUUGAUUCACGUUACAUCCUACUUUACGCUUAGAUGAGUUCUAGAGCUACGAACUCUGCUCUUAGUUCUCAGCCAUUUCCUACGUAGAUGUUUUUGCAUAGUAUGAAGUCAGAGUAAUCUGUGUGAUUAUUUUAAAAAAUACUUAAAAAUAAUAAAGGUGAUAAAUAGUGGUCAUUAAUCGGUAUCGUUGUUUUAAAAGCAUAUUUCAUAAAUAAUGAUUGAUGAUUCGUGAAAUGGAGAGAAGUAGUUGUGUUUGUUUAAUUGAGCAUAUUUUUCUAUUUAAGUAUCUGAUUUAAUCAAAAAAUUUAAGAAUCAUCACUGGCUUGUGGAUGAACCAUAAUUUCUGGAGUUUCUAUCUGUUGUCCAUCAUAUUAAAAUGGUUCCAUUACACAAAUACAGGAGAAAAUUUCGUCGUAUUUGACUAAUAUUGAGCAAUGGGAAUGGCAUUAAGAGGGCCCAAAGACCUAAAUACAAGUGUGAGCAUUGAACCCAUAUGGUUGGAUAAGUUUGAUCAAAGUUUCUGGACUAUUAUCUUUUGGGGUUAUCUUAUCAUCAAUUGAUUUCCUAUAAAACAGAUCUGUACACUUGCCUUUACAUGUGUCGUUGACUAACUAAAUCAUUAAAUACAAAUGAUAACGUAUUUCUCUGAGGAAGACUUGGAAGGAAAUUGAGCAAUGGUUCUAUUAGGAAUGCUAUGAUGGAUCAACCAGCACAUACAUCCAAAGGAAAGAUAAAGUUACAUGAUGAAGUAAAUAAAAUUGAUGCCACAUCUAGAGAUGGUUGUGCGCAGCACAUUCAUCCAAAACUUAAAAAUGGUUUCAAAAUUCAAAUUAAUUGACAUGUUGAGAGCAGCAUUUGGGCUCGAUGAACAAGAAACAAGCUAAAUGGGAGCUCAUACCAUGACCAAUACGAAUUUAAUGCAAAUAGAAAAUAGAUUUAUUGAUGGCUAUGCACCAUGCACCAAAUUUUAUAAUUUUUAUUGGAUUCAGAUUUUUGGCUUGUCAAAAAAAUACUUCGAGUCUGGUGAGAGAAAAAAUCAAGCAGGAAUAGCUACAAAUCAAGUCUUUAUUGAUGGCUAUCACGCCAAUCUAUACAUGGUAUCAUUCUUUAUUGUCCUGUUUACAAAUCAAGUCUUGCAACAACCUGUGAGUUAUCUAUCUACUAGUGACUGAAAAAUUAAUAACUAUGUCUGGAUUUCAGAUUAGUUAUAGUUUUGUUUAGUAUAUUUUCUCUCUUAUUUUUGUUUCUGACACUUGUGAAUCUAGUAGUAUAAUCCCUUAUCCUCAAAUCCCCUGGUUUAUUUGAUUCAUUGAACUGUAUGAGAUAUUCCCACAGAAAGCUAUAUAAUAGGCUGCUGUAGCUACUAGUAAAUUGCUAGAGGCUAGACUAAUGCUAUAAUUUCAUGUCAAUUCCUAGAAGAAUUUUCUCUAUCUUAAAAAAACCAAUUUCUGGUAUUUUGCUUGAAGGAAUCUUGGUCAGUUGAGAAAGUGGAAUGGGAAGAAAAAUAGGUAAAGAAGAAGAAGAAAAGAUGAGCAUCAUAAAUAGAGGCUGACUCCAGUGGACAAAAAAAAGGGAUUGAGGGGAGAGAUAAAAUAGAAGGAAAUCUUAUCCAUAGUACUUGUGUAUGCUGAAUACUCAUUUAAUAAUGUAGAUCAUACUGAUUACGUCCUUUGAAAACAGAGAUAUACAUUCUAAUCUUCAGAAUUGUGGUUAUUGGAUUUUUCAAGAGUUAAUUUCACUUAAUUUUCAUGUGAAAAUUAGCUUAUAAUUUAUCAAUUUAGCGUCUUCUCCUUCUGACUUUAUCAAUUUAAGAAUUGAUGAUGAAACACUCUAUUUUGUUUUCUAAAUGCUUACACUAAUCUUUCAUUUAUUGCAGGCUUUGUAUUCGUGCGUCUUACCCCUUUCUUUACUGCAAAGGCCCAAGAACAAGGACUAAUGACCUCUGGAUUGUUGUUGUUCAGAUUUUUGGGAGCUUCAACCUUGUAUUAGGUUUUGUGGUACGACAUAACUACAGUUAUCAAUUGUCUGAGAGUUUUCUUCUUUUUUGGCACCUUGGCUUAUGGGUAUUCAUAUUCUUAGAUGUCUCUAAAUUAUUUCAAUGUCAAUAAGCGUCAUCCAUGGCAGUCGUGCUACAUUUGGGGAGGUAAUCGUUUUCUUCUACUUUUCCUUUGUGAAGGUGUUUGUGGCAACGUUCUUGUCUCACAUAGCUAUUACUGAUUUCGGUUUCACCAUGUUGGUUGUUGUUUUCUGAGAUAUCAUUUGCAAUUUUCACUAGUCUGGCUUGGAGGAGCUCUGGGUUUUGGUUUGUUGAUAAGCUUCCGCAUUGUACAAGUCUAUCAACUUUAUUACUUGUUUGUUAAGUAAGUCAUAUCUGGAUUUCCUUCCCUGAGGUUUCCUUGCAGUGAUUUGAAUUACACAUUUUCUUUGUUUUGAAAGACUCUUGUACUGUUUUGACACAAAAAUUAUGGCAACAGUAUUUACAUGCGACUGAUAUUUUCUUGCACACGAUUUAACUCAGGAGGAGAUUACCUUCAAUUAAGUCAAAUGUCUUGAUUCCAUUGAUUCUCUUGCCAUGGAUGGGUGGGGCAACAGGUCAGCACUGGCUCGUAAAUAUUUUGAUGUAGGCGAAUUUCUUUUCAUUUUUGUCUAAAUCGUCCCUACAACCUGCAUUAAAAGAAACUAUUUCUGUAUCGUCUUGGUUUUGAUGAUAAAGAUUUGGCAAUGACAUUUUUGAGUCAUUCCUAGGAGAGUUUAUUUCUCUCCUUGUAUCUUGUUGACAAUUGGCCCAUUUCCUUACUUCUUUUCUCAGCAAAAGGAGAAAAGUAUGAGAUAACAGUGGGAGUUUGCAAGAAGAUUGGUAACUUAUUGGAGAAAGAAACUCUCGAAGAUGCUAUUACUUACAUAAUAAUAUUUAGGCUGUUUGUAAUGAAAACUCUUGUGUACUUUUUAUGCUUGACAUCAUUAUCAGCCUCUUGUAUGUUUAGUAUUCUGCGCUGGUCCCAGUUCUUUUAUCUGCAGUGAAUUUUAAUUAUUGAUCAUCACUCUUGUUUUCUUUGUGGAACUUUUGUUUCUUUUAGUGCUGUGUCUUAGUUAUCUUGAUACAUUUGUGAAGAGAGAAGGAUAGAAUGGAUAUAUCAUUAUAAAGAAAGCAUCACCUUGGUAACUUUCAUCUUGACUUUUUGGUUUCUUCUUUCUUGAGAUUAAAUAAAGCCUGGAACGGUCUUAUAUUGUUUUAGCCGAGACUUAACAUUUUUCCAGGCCUUUUUCUUUUUAUUUGAGACUCAUUGGAUGAGUCACUGUGAAAUCCAUGUGAGUGGGAGAUAGACCAUUCCCCAAUUUUUAUCCAUCACAGGUUUCUGGAAUCUAUCUCUGAUCUUAUUAGUGAUGGUGCAUAUCCAGAUAUCAAGGGAGUGGCCCAUUCUAAAAAUUAUCACCUGUCGUGGUAUCCAUUAUUCUGAAAAAUUAGAUGACCAGUUUCCCAAGUAAAACCUUUGUGUAUCAUCACAGCUGGCGACGUGGCCCUUCAGAAGUUUUUUUAUUCCUUUACUUAUCAAAUUAACAGCAUCAAAGUAUUUUCCUAUCAUCCCUAUAUUCUCAUUACAUGAAUCAUCUUUAGCAUCAUGAUUGUGCUACAUGUGUGGGCACACAGGUCUCCACGUACUAAUGCAUUUGCUGUUUUUGAAAAAGUUAAUCCCCUUCUCCCAGUAAAUAGAUAUUUAUUUCUCAGUAGUUCUAGCCAUUUUUAUCCUGACAAAAUUUGAAAUGAGAAACUUAUUCCAAUGGAAAUGGUGUUGUCUCUAGAAAGAGGCAUCACCAUAUUAACUCUCCUCCCAAAGUUAUUUUCUUUUUUCUGAACGUCAUGUGAAAUCGGGGGAUGCCUUGUCAUCUAGUACCUGGUUCAACAUCAUGCCAUAGUCUUGAUAACGAAAUCUAAAAGAUAAAUGGACAUUUCUUCAUGGCAACAAUGGUCUAUUGGGAUAUAACUAAAGGUAUUUUUUGAAAGAACCUCUUAAUUGCUAGAUUACUCAUUUUCCAGUUUUCUUUGGACGAUAGACAGAGAAACGAGUAUUCAAGAAUUUCCACUCCUCCGAGGUAUAUUUUUUAUUCGCAUGAAUAAAAAUUACAUUGUUAAAUAUUCUUAAUCAUUGAGAUCAAGAAUGAUGCUACAAGAGAAAUAGUAUAAGCUUGUUUUUCUAUAAUAGCUGCUAUGGCCAUCCGCAUUCUGGCAGCUAUGAUUAUCCAUCCGCGGUCUGAACAGGGAUCAUGGUAAUGUGGUGUGGGGACAUAGGGCUGCUACAAUUGUGUUGGCUGGAGCAUGGGCCUUCCUAUCAAGUAUUCGUUUCGUUAAUUUAUCUAUGCCAACUAUAUCGUACGAACCCCAGUUUUCAUUCCUUGAAUGUCCAUCUUUGAUGUGAUGCUGCUAUUGUAUCUAUGGAACACAACAGAUUCUGCAUUUUAGUGUUAAUCAACUGGUCCCAUCUAAAUAUGCUGUUUGGUAGAUAAUAAGGUUUUUACAAGCAAUAGUAAUAUGAUUGAUAACUUUCAAUCUCUUUAGCUUUGUUUUUUUCGGCUACUCAUUUGCACAAUCUUCUUGGUUUAUACCCAUCAUUCCCAGUUCAUUCUAUCCAUUCAGGAAUAUUUACGAUUUGAUUUAUCACUGUGCCGUAUAUGAUUGAACUCACUAUGUUUGCAAUAUAUUCCAGCUAUUAGCAUAACCAAACCUUUGAACGCCAAUUGCCAUAUACACUGGCAAUGGAUUGCUCCAGUUGUAUGCUUCAUCAUGUUAUAUAUUUCUGCUCUGAUAUGGCUGGCCUAUGCUAUUCGGCACAUUGAGUUCAGAUUUCAAGAAUUGAAAGACCUUUUAAGAGGAAUAAUCAUUUCUGCGACUGCCACAGGUAUAUCUCAUCCUGGUAUUUCACUAAAUUUCAAAAUGUGCAUUGAUGCUCUUUAUUCAUGCGGAACAUGACAAGGAAAACAAACGCAGUUAUGCUGGUGUUGUAGACACAAAUAUACUACACUGGUUAAGACUUAACUGAAGAAUCCAUUCACAUGGCGGGCUCUUAAGCAUUUCAAUGUGAUUACUAACCAAAUUUUAGGCUUUUAUAAUACGUAGACUGAAACUAGCCGUAAUUCAUAGGCAUCGAUUCUCUCUUUAUUCUUAACAAGAUGGCCUGGAUAUCCAUUUUCAUUGUUUCAUCUCCAUUCUUCCUUCUCUUUCAGCCUUCAUUUUACAUUUAUGUAAGAUUUACAUUCACCAUAAAUCUUCAGCCAGAAACGAAAUGUUUCUCCACCGUGGGGAUUCCUGUGAGUACCUUACCGCUGGGUUUGUUUUCAGUUAACUGUUGUUUCCUUCUAUUUCAGGCGUAUGGAUUAUUGCUUAUGUUUUAAUUGAGGUGCAAGAAUAUAACUCAUGGGUUCAAGUGAUAUCUAGAUUUUUGUUGCUAUUCACGGUGAGCAUUCUUCCUCAAGUUUCCACUCCAUGUCCUUGAAAAUUAUCGUGAACAUUUUUUACCCAUAUUGCUGGGGUCUGUCAAUGUCAUUUCAUUUUUCCAUAUAUAGCUUUAUAUCAUGCGCAGAGAUAGGGUAUUACUUGGUAAAAUGUAUACCGUUUUUGCCUUAGCUUGAAAUUCCCCACCAAGAAUUCUUCAACCCGUCCAUGAACUGGAUGAAGUAGGUGGCUAUGGCUGGCAUAUUUCUUACGGCCAAAGAAAAAUGCCUUUUAGGUGGGCAGUUGGGUCUAACAUUCAAACACAGGACUAGUGAAGCAUUUCAGAGGAAGCUUCAGAACUGUGAACUACAGACUGCGGACUAUAUUGCAGUUCACUUAUGGCAGACCUGCGCCUUCCCCUUUUCACGCCACGUAGGAUCUAAUUCUAGAGUCUUGCUAUCUUCUAGACACUUGGGAUUUUUCCAGGGCUGUUGCUUGAACUGUAUGUCCCUGGGGGAUUGAAUCAGUCUUACUCCCAGUGGUUUAUAGUUCCUCUUCAUUACUGGGAUUGACUUGCUUUUCAAACAGAAAGCUUGUUGACCAUCUGGGUGUAGAUGCCCUUUCAUAAAGUCAACCGCUUGUGUUCUGCUCCAGGUGGGCAUUCUUGUGCUGGCAUUCUUUUCCAUGUCGAUUUCUCAACCCCUGCUCUCUCAAAUGAGCCUGAGCGGAAGGCGUUCAGUGGGGUAUCUUACGAUGGGUGAAGCUCUGGGCAUUCGGGAGGGUGACUCAUCACAGAAAGCUUCCCACUCCGAUGUAGACUUCAAUGAACCUCUGGACAGGCUGCUGCUUGAUGACAAUUUCCGCCGAUCUUUCAUGGCGUACGCUGACAGGUGAUCAUAUUUCUGCUCCUAUUCCUCGGCACAUGCCACAUGCCGGGCACACUCGAUUCUAGCUCUUAUUCAUGUUUCUUGUGCUGUUGCUGCCCCUUGGCAUGUUCAGCUGUCUGGCUGGUGAAGGUGUUCAUUUCUACGACGAAGUCCUUGAGCUCGGGAAGAUACGUGUAGAUGAUCCUGCGAAGAGGAUUUACAUGGCGAGGCACAUCAUCGAGAGAUACAUCAAUUCUGGUGCGUUAUCCUUCUUUCUGGUCACUUGUCUAGAAUCAAACUGGAAUCUUGGUCUCGUUUAGGAGGUACCCAGAACUGGAAUCUUGGUCUCGUUUAGGAGGCACCCAGAACUGGAAUCUUUGCCUUCUUUAGAAUAAAAAUGGAAUCUUUAGGAGAUCUCCUGAAGAGGGCACCCAAUUAAACUGUAUCACAAGAAUGAAACGGAAAGGGACCCUGAAUCGUUGUGAAUCGGAUGAUGCAGUUUCUAAGUCCUGAGAUGACGAACUUAUGUUGAUUGCAGAGAUUUUCUCCUGGGUUUGGCCUGAAAUGAUUCUAUAGAGUCUUUGCCUUCUUUAGAAUAAAAAUGGAAUCCUUAGGAGUUCUCCUGAAGAGGGCACUGAAUUAACUUGUGUCACGCUAUAGAAUCUGUGAAUGAAACGAAAAGGGUCCCUAAAAAAUCGUUCUGAAUCGGAUGAUCCUCUUUCCAAGUCCUGAGACGAUGAACUUAUGUUGAACGCAGAGAUUCUCCCGGGUUUGGCCUGCAAUGAUUCCAUCUUCUCCGUUUGCUUUGGCAACCACUAAGCUGCAUUGUUCUCUCUGCAACUCUCAGGCACGGAGAUGGAGGUCAACAUCUCCCAUCGGACCCGUCAGGAGAUCCUCACCUGUGAGGACCUCACCAGCCCUCACCUCUUUGACCAUGCCGUAGUAGAGUUGCUGCAACUACUGAAAGCGGUAUCCUUUCCUGAUCUUUCCCUAAUUGGGCACCACCAUUCAUCAUUUCUACCUCCUCUGACUGCGUAUUUUUCUACCUGAAGAAUUUGUUCAAGGAUUACUGGUCUUCGGUGUUCUUCAUGAAGCUGAAAGCGGAGCAGUGUAAAGAACCUGACGGCCAAGGUUCUUUGGAUCAUCUCAGACAUCCGGAGUCCAGUUCUUUUUCAUGGCAGUGGUGA